AGAAAAUGCUGUGAAGGCUAUGUUAAUCAAUUUGAUGAAAAUAUUUCAAAUUGUAUAUAAAACUAGUACAUUGUACCCCAUGAUUGCAUUAAUGUACAUAGCUAUGAUUUAAUAAAAAAAAUAGGCAUUUUAAAAAACUGGAAUUAGUGCUUUUGUUUCCAAUUUGAGUCAAUGUAUUAAUGAGGAAGAGGAGCCUACACUUUAAUUCUUGUCCUAAGGUGAAGCACGAAACCCGUGGUUUUCCAUCCUGUCACAACUUCAGCUGCUAAGUUUAACCACCCAGAUUUUAACUUUAUUUUUCUUAAGGACCGCAGGUCUCGUGGCAAACGGUGUUUUUCUUUCUUUUCACAGUUCAGGUUUUGACCAUUUGAACUUUUCUUCAAAAUAAUGUCAAAGGAUGCAACAAAAGCAGAACAUUUAUCCACACUUCAUCUGAGAGACCAUCCCCAAGUGGCCGACAGGACGUUUUUCAUGGACGCGUCCAGUCGGGGCCUGACCGCGAUCCCGCCUGAGAUCCUGGCGCGGCAGGAGCUGGAGGAGCUGCAUCUGGAGGACAACCAGAUUGAGGAGCUGCCCCCCGACAUCCGGCACCUGCAGCACAUCACGACCCUCUACCUGCAUAACAACAAGCUGCGGAGCCUGUGCCCGCAGCUGGGGCUGCUGAGCCACCUGCAGAGGCUGGACCUGAGCGCCAACAGUGUCCCCGCCGCCGCGCUGCCCGUGCUCAGCCGCCUGCGCGCCCUGCGCGAGCUGCGACUCUACCACGCCGGCCUGGCCGAGCUGCCCGCGGUCAUCUGCAAGAGUCUGCACCACCUGGAGCUGCUGGGCCUCACCGGGAACCACCUGCGGCUGCUGCCCAAGGAGGUGGUGAACCUCACCAAGCUGCGGGAGAUCUACCUGGGCCAGAACCAGUUCGACGCGUUCCCUGCCGAGCUGUGCGCGCUGGAGCAGCUGCACACCAUCGACCUGGACGAGAACAGGGUCGCGACCAUCCCGGAGGAGGUCGGGCACCUGGUAGCGCUGCACAAGCUCUACGUGGCACACAACAGCCUGCCCUGCCUGCCCGAGGCGCUGGGCCGCUGCGGCGGCAUGUCGGUGCUCGACGUGUCGCACAACCUGCUGCGCGGAGUCCCGCACGGCCUGGCCGAGCUGGCCGAGAUGACGGAGGUCGGGCUGAGCGGGAACCGCCUGGAGAAGGUGCCGCGCCUGCUGUGCCGCUGGCCGUCGCUGCACCUGCUGUACCUGAGCGACGCGGGGCUGCGGCGGCUGCGCGGCUCCUUCCGGCGGCUGGUCAACCUGCGCUUCCUGGACCUCAGCCGCAACCUGCUGGACCACUGCCCGCGCCAGCUCUGCGCGCUGCGGAAGCUGGAGGUCCUGGCGCUGGACGACAACAGGAUCGGGCAGUUGCCUUCAGAGUUGUGCUCACUUUCAAAACUGAAGAUACUUGGACUAUCAGGAAAUGAGUUCCUUUCCUUUCCGGAGGAAGUCUUUUCUUUAGAAUCUUUAGAAAAAUUAUACAUUGGGCAAGACCAAGGAGCCAAGCUUACCUGUGUGCCAGAAAACAUUGCAAAACUGCAGAGUCUUAAAGAGCUGUACAUGGAGAACAAUUAUCUGGAGACCCUGCCUGCCGCCUUGGGGUCCAUGCCUCACCUGGAAGUUCUUGAUUGCCGGCACAAUUUGCUUAAGGUGCUCCCAGAUGCCAUUUGCCAAGCACAAGCUUUGAAAGAAUUGCUGCUAGAUGACAACUUGCUCACCCAUCUUCCAGAGGAUCUAGAUUACCUGGUGAAUCUCAAGGUUCUGACACUUUCGGAGAAUCCCAUGGAAGAACCCCCCAAAGACGUGUGUGCUCAAGGCAGGGAGGCCGUGUGGGAUUUCCUCAAGGAAAACAGAAUCCUGAAAAUUCAGACAACAAAGAUUCAGGCCUGGUGGCGCGGGAUGAUGGUGCGGAGAGGAUUCGGGAGAUUUGAAGAACUACUGAAAGCGCGAAAGAAAGGCAAGAUCUCUCCAAAAGAUAAGAAAGCAAAGCAGCAGGCUGCGAAGGAAAGGGAAAAAGAAAAGGAAAAGCCUGAGAAGAAAAAGAAGAAAUGAUUCUAUCAAUGUAUGGGCUGAGGUAAUGAACCAAGCUGUCUGG